UGUUUUCGUGAUUUUCCAACAAUGAAGCGUCCCCUUAAAGUUCAGCAGCCCGCUGGCGAUGAGGAAGACGACUCAGAAACCUUUAAAAAAGGUUGUUUAUUAGUGUUGUUAAUCAAUCAACUGUACAGUUAGACGUGUAAUCUGCAAAGGUAAAGCACCAGUCGAUGUUGAAUGUGUUGCUAAAGUCAAUUCAGCUUAUGUUUAUUAUGAAGGCGAUGAUAUUUACGAUGUCAUGCUAAAUCAGACUAAUGUUCAAAAUAAUAACAAUAAAUACUAUAUUAUACAGCUUUUAAAAGAUGAAAGUAUAAAUAAUUACUCAGUCUGGUUUCGUUGGGGUCGAGUUGGGAAAUCUGGCCAAAAUAAACUUGAAAAUUUUGGUGGUAAUUUACAAGCUGCUAAGAGUUGUUUUGAAAAAAAAUUUCUAGAUAAAACACUAAAUCAAUGGGAAGAAAGAAGGAAUUUCAUAAAACAAAAUGGAAAGUAUGAUAUGGUUGAAAUUGAUUAUGGCGUACAGGAUGAAAAUGCAACUGCAAAGAAAAAGAAGGUUAAAGAAGUUAAAUCACGACUUCCUGUUGCCGUGCAGGUACUUAUGAAACUAAUAUGUGAUUUUAGUAACAUGGAACAAGUUAUGACUGAACUAAAAUAUGAUUCACGUCGAGCUCCUCUAGGAAAACUUAGUGAAUCACAAAUUCGUGCAGGUUAUACAGCAUUGGAUAACAUAUCCCAAAUGAUUAGUGCUUUGUCAGCUCUAAGUCAAGCGUGUAAUACUGAAACAGAAACUAAGCCAAGAGGCAGAGUAAAACGUAUCGUCAAAACAAAUGCGGGUGAUAAACGUAAACUUGAAGAACAAUUACUGUUGGCCUGUAAUGAUUUCUAUACACGGAUACCUCACGAUUUUGGUAUGCGUAUACCACCGGUUAUUCGUACAAUGCCUGAAGUCAAAUCAAAAAUUGAAUUACUAGAAGCCUUAUCCGAUAUUGAAUUUGCUGUAAAUAUUUUGAAGAAUAAUCAAUCAUCUACUGAAAAUAUUAUUGAUGUAAAUUAUAAACGACUGAAUUGUGACAUUAAACCUUUGCGAUCAACUGAUCCAAUGUAUUCGUUGUUAACCGAUUACAUGCACGAAACACAUGGAGUUACACAUAAUUGGUAUACGUUGGAAAUAUUAGAUAUAUUCGAAUGUCAAAAAUCUGCGGAACAAGGAGAAUUCAAAGAUUACGGGAAUAGGAUGCUUCUUUGGCAUGGAAGUCGUUUAACUAAUUGGGUUGGCAUUUUAGGCAGAGGUUUACAAAUUGCUCCACCUGAAGCUCCAUCUUCUGGUUAUAUGUUUGGAAAAGGUGUAUAUUUUGCUGAUUGUUCAUCGAAAUCAGCCAAUUAUGUUUAUCCAACACAAGCUAAUAAUGUUGGACUCAUGAUUGUUUGUGAGGUUUCGUUAGGUAAACAAAGAGAAUUAUAUCAAUCAUGUUCUAAUGCUCAUGAAAAUCUCGCUGAUUAUCAUAGUGUAAAAGGUGUUGGUAAAUGGCGAACAAAUUCCGAAACAUGGAAAACUUUUUAUUUACUAUAUGAAGACAAGUUACAAACAUCAUAAAAUUGAGCUUACUGCAAUCAACAUACAAUAACUAAUCUACUGUCUUCUGUUAAAAAACUUGUAUGACUUUGUGCAAGGUUGUACAUUGUUUGUGAUCGAUUGGAUGAAAUUUAUUGACGUACUUCGCACAAACUAACCAUAUCGUUUUUUUUAAAGUAGGUUGAGAAAUGAUGGUGUUAUAGUACCAUGUGGAAAAUUAAUUCAAGCACCUGAAAUUGAAGCAAAUAAAUGUAUUUUACAAUUUAAUGAAUAUAUUGUCUAUUGUGUAAAUCAAAUACGUUUACGAUAUUUACUGAAGGUGAAAUUCAAUUUUAUUCAUUAAAAUAUCUUUGUCAAUAUUGUUAUUUUUUUUUUACAUACAAAUAUUACUGAUUGUAACCGGUCCCUUUUAGUAACUAUGAUGUUUUCGUUUUUUAUAUAUGAUAAGAUUACUGAAACGUUUUAUUUUUAUUAUUUUGUAUAAUAAAAUUUAUAUACGUAUAAAUUUGAUCUAUUUUUCAUUACGAGUUGAUUUUCUUUUGUUGUUUAGUCAUAACAGAAGGGUUUUUAAAGAUAUUAUAGUAAUUUCAAUGGUUGAGAUCAUGAGUCAGUUGAAGUUAGACCACCAUGGAAAACCUGGAAACAUUGGACGGCUGUUUCGUUCAGUUUUGGGACUCCUCAGCAGUGUGUAUCCAUGGUCCGGCCUCGCGAGAUUCGAACCCAGAACCAGUCAGUCUCGCGUGCGAGCUCUUAACCACUAGACCACU